CAACGGUUUAUGCCAGUUCUGCGCCUCAGUUGGAAAAGUGGAGAUACUUCCCUAAGGAGACGCGAACCCACUUUCAAAAACGUUUUUCGAAAUCAAGUGCUCAAACAACAAAGAUACAUAUAUUUUUGUGUAAUUUAUAAACAUUCAAAGUGCUUUUAGUGAUAAUUAUUGAAAAAUGGAGACCACUAUUGUCACCACAACAACAACAACCACAAACGAUUUGAGGCGCUGCAAAAAGAUAGACCUCGAUGGCCAACUGGUCGGGUCGGCAUCGGAGACGGACGCAUCGCAUCAGUUUCCGUCCAAUGAAGAGCCGAAUGUACUUGGACAUGGCCCCAGCUACGAUGAGAAGAGAUUCAAAUGGCUGUGCAAUUUCGAUGAUGCCCCCAGCCAUCUGAAGUUCAAUCCGUACAUCCGACGCGGCUACCGUACAUUCCUCUCGAACAAGCUGUGCCUGCAGAGCAUUUUCUGGUGGACCAACGAGACGAUCAAUAUCUGGAGCCAUCUGGCUGGGUGCAUACUCUUCAUUGCCCUGACGAUCUUUGACUUUCAGUUCCUGCGCAUCCACGCCUCGUUGACCGAUCAGGUGCUGGUCGUCUGUCUGCUGGUCUGCUUCUGCCUGUGCAUGCUGAUGUCCGCCAUAUAUCACAUAUUCUCGUGCAAAUCGGAGGAGCACUAUGAGCUGUUCCUGUCGGUUGAUUUCCUGGGCAUAUCCCUCUCGCUGGUGGCCAUCUACAUAAGUGGCAUGUACUAUGCCUUCUGGUGCCACACCUUUCUGCGCACUCUGUACUCGACCAUUGCCAUGGGCAUGUUCGGCCUGGCCAUCGCUGUGCAGAUACCCAAACUGAAUGUCUCCAUGAACGGCAAGGUGGCAGUGCUGUUGCUCUGGUCUGCCUACGGUGUCAUUCCUCUGGGCCACUGGGCCGUGGCGAUGGGUGGACUGGAGAACGAGCUGGUCCGGCUGAUGGCGCCCCGCAUUGUUGUCAUGUACCUGCUGUGCCUCAUCGCCUUUGUGUUCUAUGCGGCCAAGAUACCGGAGCGCUGGUUCACGGGCAAGGUGGAUUUUGUAGGACACUCGCACAAUUGGUGGCACCUUAUCAUCGUGGCCGCCUUCUACCACUGGCACAACACCGGGCUGGUGUAUGCCGAGUACCGCCUGAACAACGGCUGCAGUGCGCCGAUCCUCUCCUGAGGGCCCGGCUCCGGCAGCGGGACUCUCUUGCUACGCCUAAUGUAAAUAGCUUAUGGAGCACUCUAUAUCUGCAUAUUAACUAAUAUUUAGUUGUAGUUGUUGACCGAUAUGAUUAAUUUAUGUAUAGCUUACUGUUUAGUUAGGGUUUCGUGUUAGUCUAUCCACGAGUCAGUCGGCACUGCACGAGCGGAGCGGAAGGUGUCUAUGUCUACCCUUCUUUCUUUCUAUCUUGAAUUUCCGUUGAAGAUGUUUCCUUUCUGAAAAGCUGUGUUAGUCUUGUUGACUCCAUUUUUACAAUUACUUUAAAUGCAAAUACAAUAUCGAAAGUACAAAACA